AUGAAGAGGAUCAGGUUGCUGCUGGUAGCCGCUGCGCUCCUCAUACAGGAAGCAACAUGUGAACCGCCGGUGGACUCAUCUUCGUUACCACUAGAACAUCGAACAGGAGCAGGUUAUGGUCCACCUCUUCCACCUUCGCAUACGGACGACCCUUGGCCAUUAGCAACACCUGACAGUCCUAAAAUAAAACACUUACAAGUUCAGUGUGAGAAGACGCGUAUGCGUGUAAAUAUAGAGUUUGAUCGUCCAUUCUAUGGUAUGAUAUUUUCUAAAGGAUUCUACAGCGACUCUCACUGUAUGCACUUAAAACCGGGCACUGGCCAUCUAAGCGCUACUUUCGAAAUUUUCUUGAAUAGCUGUGGUAUGAGCAGUUCCGCGAAUCACAAUGUUGCAGCUUAUGGAAGUCCCACACCUAGCGGCUCGUAUGUAGAAAACACGAUCAUUGUUCAGUACGAUCCUUACGUUCAAGAAGUAUGGGAUCAGGCUAGAAAAUUGAGAUGCACGUGGUAUGAUUUUUAUGAAAAAGCAGUCACAUUCAGACCAUUCCAAGUAGACAUGUUACACGCUGUCACUGCGAACUUUCUCGGGGAUAACCUGCAAUGUUGGAUGCAAAUACAGGUCGGAAAGGGACCUUGGGCUUCAGAAGUUUCAGGUAUUGUAAAAAUUGGACAGACAAUGACAAUGGUACUGGCGAUCAAAGAUGACGAAAAUAAGUUCGAUAUGUUAGUCCGAAAUUGUGUAGCGCAUGAUGGAAAACGAGCUCCUAUACAGCUAGUGGACCAAUACGGUUGUGUGGUGAGACCAAAAAUUAUGAGCAAAUUCCAAAAGAUAAAGAAUUUUGGUCCAUCUGCGUCAGUGGUGUCGUUUGCUUAUUUCCAAGCGUUCAAAUUCCCAGAUUCUAUGAACGUACAUUUCCAAUGUGUAAUACAAGUAUGCAGAUACAACUGCCCAGAACCAAAGUGCGGACUUGGCGCUGAUUAUGGAGUGCCAUUAUUGGGUGGAAAUACGCUUGGCGUUGAAGAAUAUGGUGUAGGGAAUGGUGGCCCUCCCCAUGGUGAAUAUGGCCCUCCUCCACCGGCACCUCAUUCCGAGUACGGUGUGCCACCAGCGUUCCCAGAUCCACGACACCCCGCGGAUACAGUAGGAUCUUACUCAGAAAAACGUGACAAUACUGUACCACCACCUCAAGCACAAGUUUCCUCUACACCAAACGCACCAAACCCAUCCUCUCCUGCCCCUGUGAGAGAUGAAGAUGAAGUAAAUUUACCUCCCCCACCGCCACCAGGCCGUAGGGGUGUUUAUAAUACUGUUAAGAGGAAAGAUGAAGGUCAUGGAAAUCUAGCCAUACUUGGCGGACGACCGCGGUCCGUCGAAGACUUACCAGAAAGGUUAGUUGGAUUGAGAAGGCGACGACACACUUCCAGCCAAACACGAAUUUACAAGCGUGACGCUCAAGAAAUGACUGACGUCAAUACUAGUAGAAUAAUCCAAGUAGUGGCGCCCGGCGACGUAAACUUCGCACUGAACAACGCUAACGCCAACGAAACUGUAGUAAUACAGUCCCCGGCAAACGAUCCGGAGACGAUAUGUAUGUCAGUACCCUCAUUUGUGGCGGGUCUAGUUAUGUUAUUACUAGUUUUGGUAGUCGCUUCCCUGGUGGCUGCGUUCCUGUUCGUGCGUGUGCGCGCGUUAGACAGGAAAGGCGCCCAUGGUACUGCAGCGUACUUUGAAACGGAUUAUGUGAAGCACACAAACUAG